AUGACAUCAUCGAUCGAAUGGGACUCGGGUUCCGGACACGAGUUUUGGAUCGUUGGAUGUGGGAAAAAAACCAAUAAUGAAAAAGUUAAAAAAUUAGUUGAGGACACUGAGAAACAAACUUCACAGUCACAUGGCGCGGUCUUCUUCUGUUCUUCGCCACCCAACUCACUUCAAUGGCGGAGGACCCAGCAAGCAAGCAACCCCUUCUUCACCAUCAUCACUAGUACUAGCAACAUUAUUGGCAUGGCGAAGUUGAAAGGCAUGCUUCUUCAGCCGAAAUUGAAUCAUUUUCUUAACGAAAUCGGUUUUUUAUCGGGUUUUGGCUGGGGAUUUCAAGCACUCUGCUUUCGUCCACAUCUGAAUUCGCAUUCUACUGAUACAUGUCGACGGCGAUUGGAACUGAGUGAGAUUUUGGCAGGUUUAGAUCCACAUAGGCUUUUGCUUUCAUUAAGUUUGGUCAUGUCUAAAGAUAUGGGAAAACGUAGCAAUUUUGAAAGCACAGGACCAGUUGCAUCCGAUAUUCAAUCCUGGACCUCAUACUCCUUUUUUGGAGAUCGGAAGACAGAUACGGAGGGGGUCGGGGAGGCUGCAAUCAGAUAG